AUGAACUCCCAGAACUCCCAGCAGGUUCCCAUGGGCGAAUCUGACCAAGCUCAGUCUUUUCAGACCGAUCAACAGCAUCGGGAUGCCUCAACCCACAGUCCAUAUGCUGCGGGCCAGGGCUCCCAUGACCCAUCCGCUGGCACUCGUUCGGCGAACAACGCUGUCAGCACUCAUAUUCCCAGCGGACUGAACCUGCCGAUGGCACGUCUCGGUCCCAAGUACGGUAAUCUCAGGGCGAAUGUCAGCUCCCCUGUAACUCCAAAUGUUGAGCUCCCUGGAUUUCAGCGUCCUUCCUGCAACGGACAAUCCGUGAUGCUUCCAAACGGAGGCCUGAUUGGUGGCAUCCCGCAUGCUAAUCAUUUCGGCCAGCCUCAACUACCUGGUCAUGAGCAGAUUAACCCAUUUGUCCCACCGGUGCCGCCUAGUAUCUACUACCCGGGUUUUGUGGCCGGUACGCCUAUUACCCCCGGUGCCUUCCCGGGAUAUUCCUGGCCCUUCCCCUUGAAUAAUGGAGACGUGCCCGCCCUGAAUGGACCACGUCAGGGCUCGUGGUCAUCCGUCGAGGAGUCCAAGGCUUCCGUAAACCAUCUGGGCGAUACCGGGACUCAAAGCAACUUUCAUUCUUCUGCAGGUUCCGUGGACCGUACCCCCUUGACAGGGUUCUCAGUGAACAUGCCUCUUCACAUUUCGCAGCCUUGCCCACAGUAUCAGAUGAUGAAAACUUCUACCGGUUAUGUUAUUCAAGACCUUGAAGCCCUGACUCAGCAGGACCCUGCGAUUCCACGUGCCGUGCCGGCAAUGUGGACCAAUUCCUCAGAUCUGACUCUCGCCAAGUGUCUUGAAAAUCGUGAGGGCAUUACCAAUGUCUACAUUCGUGGUUUCCUCCCUGAAACCACUGAUGAAAUGUUGCAUGGGUAUGCUUCGCGUUUCGGUCAGAUCGAACGUUGCAAAGCCAUCGUGGAUCUUGAGACCGGGCUGUGCAAAGGUUUUGCUUUCGUUCAGUUCUUCAACUUCGACGCCUGCGAGAAUUGCAUCCGCGGCUUCUUCUACCUCGGAUACCAGGCGAGUUUUGCACAGAAAUCUCGCAAUUCUCGUCUGAAGGAUCUCGAAGACAAGAAUUCAACCAAUAUCUACUGCACUAAUGUGCCAAUUACCUGGUCCGAAGCGGAUCUUCGUCGCCAUUUCGAACCAUAUCGCGUCGUUUCCGAGAAGAUCAGCCGGGACGAGAAGACUGGCGUGAGCAAGGAAGUCGGUUUUGCUCGUUUCGAAACUCGCGAGAUCGCUGAGAAUGUUUUGGCUCAAUUCCACAACAUUCCCGGCAAAGAUGGAGUCAAGCUGCUUCUUCGCUUUGCGGAUACCAAAGCCCAAAAGCUGCUCAAACAGCAGAGCAACGAACGCCGUGCUUACCGAGCUGGCGAGUACAAUUAUUCGGUCGAGGUGGUCCAAGGUUCCACCCCGUCUCCCUCAGCGUCCCGUCUUGCACAAGGCAUUUCUCAGGCCAGCCCAAGCUCGCCGAUGAGUUAUCAGUCUCCAGUGGGUGCUGGACCCGUGUGGACUCCCGCCACGACUAUCUCACCAUCUGGACCGGUCCUGAAAAGUUCCGGCAACAAGCGUGGUUUGAACUCGUGGUCCUCUCGUACACCGCUAGCCAACAUCGAAAACACGCCUGCCUUUCGGGGACGGCUUGCGUCCAUGACUCCCAGCACCUUGGCUGAAAACAACCAACCUGCGGCGUCUCCGAAGGCCGUUCCGCCUAUGUCAAUGAGCCAAGCUCGCACUCCAAGUCCGAAAAAGGAGAGCAUCAAGGCGAGUUCUGUUUCGCCCGUGGCGUCCCGCAAGGAGGUCCAAGAGUCUUCCCCGAAAUCUUCCGUCUAA